UGAGAGCCGCGGCGAGUCGCGGCGAGCACGUACCGGUCCGCCCGCGAACCUAACGCGACAAUAUUUGUGUUUUCAAGUGAUUCAGUGUGAUGUUGUGAUAGUGCAGUGACGAAAUGGAGUCGACGCCGAUAUGUCGGUGCCGCGUGCUCUACCUCGGCUCGGCCGUGCCGCAGCAGAGCAAAGACGGACUGCAAGGCAUCCAGGAACCGCUGCGCGAGCUGUACCCGGACAAGGGCGCCACGAGCGGCGGCAUCGACUCGUGGCUGUCCGUGUGGUCCAACGGCAUCCUGCUGGAGAACAUCGACGAGAGCGGCUCGCGCGUGGCGCGCUUCUUCCCCAUCUCCAGCCUGCACUACUGCGCCGCAGUCCGACGCGUCACGGUGGAGGCGGCGCCGCGCUUCCUGCCGCUGGACUCGCCCUUCGCCCGCGCGCCGGCGCCGCGCCGCCCGCCGCUGUUCGCGGCCGUGCUGCGCCGCACGCAGGGCAUCAAGGUGCUGGAGUGCCACGCCUUCAUCUGCCGCCGCGAGGCCGCGGCCAACGCGCUCGUGCGCUGCUGCUUCCACGCGUACGCCGACAGCUCCUACGCCAAGCGUCUCGAGGCCGAGCGGGCGCCCUCGCACCUGCCGCCUGAUCCUGACGAGGAGCUGGAGGCAUACGACGGCGAUGAGAACCACAAGGUGUGGGUCGGAGACGCCGAGCGAGACGAUGCCAGCGACGAUAUCCCGCACCCCGCGCGAGCGCCGCGCCCCCGACAGAUCACACGACCUGCCUCCGUGCCGCCGCCGCCGCCGCCGCCCGAGGAGCCUAAGAAGAAGACCGCCACCGCUAAGAAGACGAAAAAGAAGUCUUCGGCAUCAGCUGAUGAGUUAUACGCGGGGCCAGCGCCCAUGAUGAACGGCCGGUCGCUUGGACGAGCGCCGCCCGCCUGGGCCGCCGCACAUCCCAUGGUGCUAGUGGCGCACCCCGCUGCUACGCUGCCGCACGCUCGGCCAGCGACACUGGGUCACCGGGGCCGCGUGCCGGCCGCGCUGGCCGCCGGGCCCUUCCCGCCGGGGCCGCCGGGCCCCCCGGGCCCCGGGCGCGGGCGCCUGCAGUACGCCACGGUGGACCCGCGGCGCUCGAAGCCGCCGCCGGCCGCGAUGAAGGCGGCGCAGAGCAUGACGGGGCUGGAGGCGGUGGAGGACGCGGGCGGCAUCUACAGGAAGAAGGGCCAUCUGAACGAGCGCGCCUUCUCCUAUAGCAUCCGACAGGAGCACCGCAGCAGGUCGCACGGCUCUCUCGCCAACCUGAAGUUUGCAGCUCCACCUGAGGUGGAGUCAGGUCGCGAAGAACUGAAGAAGGAGCGAGAGAUCAUGCAGCUGGUGGCGGGGCUACAGCUGGGCGAGGAGGAGCGGCGCGAGUUGCCGCACGUCAUGCGACAGAGACACGCGCCCAGAUAACACAACGCCACAACUGCAAGGGCGCCACCUGUCGGCUGAUGACGAAGCAGUGCGCCAUCGGAGCCAACACAUUUUACCUCGAUCACGAAAUAAACGAACACAACCAAAUAACUUGUGCACUCAAAUGACAACGAUCAAACGUCAAACGGAACGUAACGUAACGUUCGGAUAAAAUAACGUUACAAUAAACACGUUAUUUUUUUGGAUAACUAGUUCUUGGGAAUGACAUUUGAGUGAACGAUGAACAUUAAACUAUUAAUGUAAUUAUAAAAAAAAUGCUGGUCAACUGUUAUCAAUCUUUGUAUUGAAACCAAAUCAGCAAUGUAUAUUAAAAUGUCAUUCGUUAAACAAAAUCGAGUACCAAGCCGUAAAACAAAAUAUAAUAACCCAAUUUCAAAAUACGAACGCGGCAUAACGAUCGUAGAAUCGAAUCGAGGUUCGGCUUAAUCGAUUUGUCACGAACGUUCUCGGGUUGUUUCCGAUUAUCGAUUAAUUACUUUAGAAAUCCGUACCUACGCUAAACAGGGUACCUAAGAAACUGUAAUUUAAUUAUUUCUAGUAAUUAAAUAUCGAUUUUUAUCUAUGGAUGUUUAAGGAUCAUUAAAACGAUGAUUGCAUCAGAAAACGUUCGAGGCCGUGAAGGGUCUGAGUUUAUUGAAUAAGUAAAAUUUGAAACGUUAUGUUGUUAAUAUCAUUUGUAUAUUUCAUUUUAAUAUGUUUAGCGGUUGAGAACACGUUUUAUAAUAUACUAUUCUGAUUCCAUGACGCGUAAUGAUUAAAAAAUCGUUAUGUCAUCCGCCAUAUUUCUUUUUAUCUGUCAAUUGUUAUAGUCAUUUAUUGAUAUCACUGAUGUAUAGUCCAUUAUGCUUAAUGUUUUGUUUUUCUAUUUAUAGCCAACCAGUUUAUAUUAUUAUUAUGUCUACACUUAGAAAUCAGCACGAAAUCGUGACUUCCAAAGCGAUAAUCUACAUUGAGCGACUAAGAAUACAAGUAUCGUCAAUGUAAACUUUGUAGAUACAUAAAUAACUGCCUAAGGAAUGAUAACUGUUGAAAAAUAUCACCUUCCACGUAUGAAACUUUGAAACAUCUAUCCAAGGCACUUUUCACUUCCCUCUUUCUGUUAAAUCAUUUUAAAUUUCAAACAUUUUCAUUAUUUUAUAUAGACAAUGUUGAAUUGGGUAGGUUCUCUUCUCAUAUCUGUCAAAGUUAACAUCAGUCAAAAUGUUUAAUAAUUUUUCACUGAGGGAUGCACAUACAAAACUUGAUCUGAAUAGUAUAUUAUUAGACGUGUUCUUGACAUAAUUAUAUGUUAGUAGAUAAGCACUAUAUAGUCAUUUAUAUACCUAUUUAAUUGUGCCUUAAUAUCAGAGAGAAAUGUUUAAGUUAGUGUGUAUUCCGAUCUAAGAGAAAUAAGUCAACCUUGUAAUUUUUGUUCAAUUGUUUUAAUCGGAAAGUUUACAUUCCAAAUGCACAUUCCAUAAUUAACGUCGACUAUAUAUAAUUUCACAAAAAAACGGAAUAUAUUUUAUCUUUGGGCCCAUUUUCACUGAUGACAUAAAAGUAAGUUUUUCUUGAAACAAUUGCGUACUUUGAAAAUUGAAUGCGAAAAUUCAGUUGUUUUAAGAAAAUUGACGUUUAUGAUCGUGGUGAACAUGGACCAGUAAAUAACAUAGUUCGCGUUGUCAUGGCAAACGCUCACUUAAAUAAUGCUAUUAUGUCUGAAAAGGCAUUGAAUGUACCUAAAACAAGAGUUUGAUAGAACGAGUGUACAAAACUUAUAUAUUAGUCAAGUAGAAGGGAAUAUUGUAAGCUGGUUUAUAUAGGGAAAUAGGUAGAAAGACAAUACUAGUUAGAGCCAAAAAAUUAUCAAGAAAAAGGAUGAUUUAAGGCGUCAAAUAACUAGAAAUGUUCGCAAAAUGUUCUUCGUUGCAAGCAUUUGUUAUCACUUAAAAUAGCAAGGAACGAAUUGUAAUUUAAUAUUAUUCAUGUACUUAUAAUUUUGUCACUUAACAUAGUAAAAUCAUGUCAAAUGCUUUGAAUGUAUGAAAAUUGGUUUAGCGCCAUCUAUCGGAUGACGUUGAAAGCUAAGAUCAAGCAUUUACAAAGUAUGUCAUGCAGUAAUUUAACUGAUUACUAUGUAAGACUUAAAAAAGAUAUAAUAUUUAAAAAAAUAUGUAAAUAGUAAUAAAAAUCAUAUUUCGCAAAAAUAUAAUAGUAAAUAUAAUUUUGUCAUCAUCAAAUAUUUUAGGCUAUGAGUGCCAUUAAAGUUUUAAUCAUUCCUAGUUUAUUUUUUAAUUAUUAAUUAUUAAGAUGGGCUUGCCUGUCAUUUGGGGGGUUUUGGGCUUCUUGUCACAAAUUAACCAAGUUUUUUACUGAAAUAAAAAACACGCAUUGUGUCAGUCAUAAACUUGGUUAUUUUAACCUGUGACCACGGAGUUUUUAUGUGAAGGAGAGAAUAUACGUGAUGUCUUUGUAAUUAAAAAAAAUAUUUUAUCAAAAAACUCAAUGCAAAAAAUAUUGAAAAUUGUACAAUACUUCUGUAGAUACACAUAAAAUUAAUCUAUAAUUAUGUUAUUGUAUGGUGAUUUUUUCAACGAACAGACAACGAAUGUAUUCAAUUAUUAUUGUAGUUAUUCAAUUAAAUGUAGCAUGUAACAUAUA